CCUUAUUUUCCCCAACCCUCUUUUAAUUAAAAAAAUCCCCGACCUCACCCUUUCUACCCUCCCCCCAAAAAUCUUUAAUUUAUUAAUUUUUAAAAUCAGGAAUAAAUGCCCAUAUUUCUCCCUCUCCCUCUCUUCCUCCUCGUCUCCUCCACUCGAACUCCCUCCGAUCCCAAACGGAAAACAAAACCCUCGCACCGCCCUAAUCCUUUUCGUCCCCGAUCCAAAACCCUACCUUUGAUCCUCCUAUGUCAAAUCGGAGUCUCCGCCGCCGCCGCUCUCGCCGUUUCCGCCACACGAUCUGAUAUCAGCUCGAGGUCGAAGGGAGGAGCAGAAAUUUAGGGUUUUGGGGGAUAUUUUUGGGUGGAGAUGGGAGGGGUGACGUCGGCGGUGGCGGCGAAGUUCGCGUUCUUCCCGCCGAGACCGCCGUCGUACGGGGUGGUGGUGGUCGACGAGGCGGCGGGGCGGCUGGAGAUGACGGAGGUGCCGCGGCGGGAGAACGUCGAGGUCCGGCGGCUGCGGACGAAGCGGGGAACGGCGAUUGUCGCGAUGUAUGUCACCAACCCCGCGGCGAGACUCACCGUGCUCUACUCCCAUGGCAACGCUGCUGACCUUGGACAGAUGUACGAGCUCUUUACUGAGCUCAGUUUCCACCUCCGUGUCAACCUGAUGGGGUAUGAUUAUUCUGGAUAUGGGCAGUCAUCUGGAAAGCCGAGUGAGCAAAAUACCUAUGCAGAUAUAGAGGCUGCUUAUAGAUGCCUUGAAGAAGCUUAUGGAACACAUGCAGAAGACAUCAUUCUAUAUGGCCAAUCAGUUGGCAGUGGCCCAACCUUGGAAUUAGCUACUCACUUGGCAAAUUUUCGAGCGGUUGUUCUACAUAGUCCCAUUUUGUCUGGCCUGAGGGUCAUGUACCCUGUGAAGCAUUCAUACUGGUUUGACAUAUAUAAGAACAUUGAUAAAAUUCCUUUGGUCAAAUGCCCUGUGUUGGUCAUUCAUGGGAUGGCUGAUGAGGUUGUAGAUUGGUCGCAUGGAAAGAGGCUCUCGGAGCUUUGCAAAGAAAAAUACGAGCCUCUAUGGAUCAAUGGAGGUAGCCACUGCAAUUUGGAGCUCUACCCGGAGUACAUAAGACAUCUUAGGAAGUUCAUAACGGCCAUGGAGAAAUCAUCUUCUAAUAGAAACAAAUCCGCAGGCUGCUCAGGUGUUGCAGAUCCUCCUCAGACAAGCUCUGAUGGUUUGGAUAUUCCAAGGAACAGCACUGAUCAGAGGGAGAAGUCCAGGCAGAGCACUGACAAUAGGGAGAAGCCAAGGCACAGCACAGACAGGAGAGAUAAGUCUAGAGCCAGUACUGAUAGGAAAGAGAAGUCAAAGAAGGGCGCUGAUCAUGCUGACAAGGCAAGGAACAAUAUGGACCAGCCUGAGAAGCCAAGGAAGAGCUUUGAUCGCUUUGGAGGGAUGAUGAGGUCGGUCGGGUUAUGCAAUAUCGACUGUUUCAAAGUCACAGCUUCGGGGGGCUGAGGAAUACGAAGGUCAGUCUUUUAGUAUUUUUUAAUGUUCGUGUUGUAGCAUUGACCGUUUCAUUGGGUGAGUGAUUUAUUUUGGUGAAGGAAAACAUAUCCUUUUGUACUCAUUUGAGGGAAAAAAAGUGUUGGUGGGGGGGGGGUGG